AUGGCCCCACUACCGAAUGCUGAAUUAGUUCAGAACUCUUUGCAGUUAUAUCGUUACCUGCUUCGAUGCUGUAAGCAACUUCCUGAAGAGAAUAUUCGCCAGCAUUACAGACACGCAGUCAGGCAGAGUUUCAAAGUUCAUGCUGAUGAAGACAACCCUGAGCGAAUCCAGCAGAUUAUUAAGAGAGCCAUUGAAGAUGCUGACUGGGUCAUGAAUAAAUAUAAAAAACAGAAGUAG